UAUAUUUAUUUAUACACCACCUCAUGUAAAGGGUAAAAACACCACCUCCCUCCUCUCUUCCCUACCAAAGCAUAUUCUCUCAUAUUCAGCAAGCCACAUAACAUACUUUAUUCAAGUUCCCUUCUUGAUUCAUCAACUAUGUCUUCUUCACUUUGCUCACAAGGAGUGGUCCUUGCCACAGCCAUGGCUGUUUCUGGCACUGUAAUUGUACUUGCCUUUCGCCUCCAAAAAUCUCACCUUCCUUCUGGUCAAUUCCCUGGUGAUCGUCACCAAAUUCCACAGUCUUCACAACAAGCUCUAAGGUCCUGUAUCUCAUCAGAGGGGAAGAAGAAGAAGGGAAAGAAGAAAAGGGUGCACUUUGCUGAGGAUGUGGUGGAUCCAAGAGGGGACGGGGAGGAGUUUAGGAGGCAACAUGAAGCCGUUUUUCUUAGUCAAAAUUCUUGUUCUUCUUCUUCUUCAUCAACAUCAACAGAAUUCAAGAAAAAUGGUCAGCAAAGAAGAAUGCCUGCAAACAGAGCUGCUCUCUACAAUGGGAUUCUUAGGGAUCGUGGGGUCCAAAGAUUAGCUUACUCUUGUUGAUUGAUUGUUCUUGUGUACAAAGUUUUGUGGUUUCAUGUGUAAUUCUCCUUUCCUUUUUUUCUUCCAUCUCUGUACACAGUUUUUUAAUUUUUUUUUUUACUUUUCUUGUAUAUACAAUUUUUACAAGGAAAAAAAAAAAGGGAGGGCGGGGUCCACAACCUGUUAUUGUUUCUGAUCAUCCUAAUUGGGUAUAGAGUGGAUCUUCUUGGAGGGAGAGGAGAGCAUCUUGUUUGUAAUUUUGAUGAGGGUUAGUGUUCUUCUCGGAUUUUGUUCAUAAGAAAAACAAAAUCAAGAAAAUAUUCUCUGGCU